UGAAACCCAGAGUUUUGUCCGCUUAUCCGUAUCUCUUUUGGCGUAGUCAUGCCGUUGAAUGCCCUUUACGGCUACUACGUUUUCGAUCACCUAGAAGAGGCGCCGAGGAUAUUUCACGUCUCGUUGUUUCUGGGCAGUGUGGGCUUGGUGCUCACUACUGCAUUCUCCUUGCACCAGGUGUUCCAUGACCAGAUGACCCUGGAGCAGACUUUGCAUCGAGAAGGCCAUGCAGUGACGCCGAUGAAUGUCCAGUUGGCCAUGGCGAUCAGCACUCUUCCAAUCUUUACAGCGGGAGUCGCCUACACAUCCCUGUGGGUCCCAGCGCUUGGCUUUGUGCUGGAAUUGCUUAUUGCAAUUUUCUCUUGCAUCGCCAUUGGCUCUUUAGUGCAGUACUUUUUGCAAGCUUUGGGCGAGCCACCAGCCCCACGGCGGCUCAUGCGAAAGGUGCCAAAGAGACGGUGGUGGUGUGGAUCCUUGUGUGGAGGUGUCAAUGACCUGCUUCCAGCCUUAGGGCACUUUUGGAGCAAGGAGCCUCACAGACUACAACUUCACGACCUUCGGUUUGCUUUUCGGGUCGUGGCCUUUUUCAUUUGGAGCUACGUCAUUUUGAGCACGUGGCAAGCAGGAGUGAGCAUGGUACCGACACAGGUUGAGCGCGUACCUGGUGGCUGGUGCGUUUACCCCAAGCCAAUCGGAAACACAAUGCAGGUGAUUUUGAUCGUUUUUGCAAUCUCCUCCACCUUCGUUGGAACUGCUGGUCUUUCCAUCAUAGCGAAUGGCGUGGCCUACGCUCUGGGCGAGGUUGAUGGAGACCUCAGCAAAGAAAAAUACAACGUUCUGAAGAAAGCGGGCGUUGGACAGAUUUAUUUGCAACUGCCUUUGCUCAAGGUGUUCAUGUGCUUGGUUCCAAUUAGUUAUUCCUCUCCCAAAAUCAUGGUGCCCAAAACCGACUCAUCAACUUUGCUCCCUAGUGGAGGGUGGCAAACAUCUGGUGAAUAUGUGCCUUGCCCUAUCUAUGACCACGACGUGGUGGUACAUUUGAUGUACUGCACGGUGGUGAUAACAUUGAUGGCCUACACGUCUUAUCACAACAUGAAGCUAUACAUUCCCUCCCGUGACCGGGACGUUGCAAAACAAUUGAGAGAGGAAUUAGAGUCCCGGCUUGCUGCCACUGAGAAUGAUGAGGAUAUGCAAGGUACAGAUACAUCAGUCGGAAACCGACCUUGAGCAAUUCGCAAAUGUUCACAGUAUGUUCACAGUCUACGGACAACAGUGAUGAAACUGUCACAAUGUGAUCCCAACUAGAGGGUUGACCGGGUGGCAGUGAAAAAAACGUGAUUGCAGGAUGCUGAUUUUAAAAUGCUUUUA